AUGGAUAGUUCAGAUGCAAAUGUUUCGAAGGAAAAUGGAGGCCUCUUAAAAGAUAUUGUACAAAUAGAAAAUUCCAGUGAGCCUAUGGAUGAUUCUAAAUGGUUGCAAGAAAGCAUGAGUACAGAAGUUACCCACGAAGCUCUACCAGUUGACCAGGGCUUAAGCACGGCCCAUGAUGAAAAGGCCCUAUCAACUUCUGGGGUAGAUCCGACAGGAGAAAAAGGACUUUCGGAAAUCAUAAUCGUACAAAAUAAACCCAAAAAAUCUUUGUCUUCACCGGUUGCCCCAGAAGAUUAUGUUUGUACCGAUAUUGAUAGAGGCAUAAUUGAAUCUGUCAAAAAAAUUCCAUCUUCACCUAGGAAUGAGGAACUUGUGCUCAUAGAUGAUAUUCCGGUGUCGAGAAACCACAUGGAAUGUCUUUUUCAGCCAUAUGAAUACUUGUCUGACGAGGUCAUAGAUACUUAUAUUAAACUACUAGAGGCCCAGAAGGGUUUGAAAAAGAGGCCAGGAGGUGUUCCUUCCAAUAAAUGUUACAAAUACACAUUGGUACUUGCUGUUAUAAACGCCGACAAACGUGAGGUUCAGGUUCAUACUAUCGUGCAAGAUGAUAUGAAAGAAUUUAGAUUGAAGCUUGCGGCGAUCUUGCUAUCGUCAGAGUUAAACAAACGAAAGGGUGCUCCAUAUCUUGAUAGUGAUAAAAAUAUUAGAAGCCCAAGCGACCAUGCCAUAAUAGAGAAUCCAAAGAUGACUGAUCAAGUGUCCAUGAAAAAGAGAAAACAUUCAGAGGAGGCCGAAUGCUUAGUGGUUCAAACCGGCACCCCUCAACAUAUACAAACUCAGAAUAAAUCUCCACAAGUCCAUACCAACCAAGACCCUGAUGAGUUUUGGGCAUUUGAGGCCAUGAAAGAUAUGCCAAUGAACAAGGAAGAGAUGACUGAGUUACUGUAUGAUUACGUCAUGGCAAUUCAGGAUGAAGCGACGUUGAAGUAA